AGCCGGAAAGUGUCCAAAAGAAGUAGGGUAUGCAAUACAUGGACAUUUCCAGCAGGGACCUUCAAAGCCGGAAACUGUCCAAAAGAAGUAGGGUAUGCAAUGCAUGGACACUUCCAGCAGGGACCUUCAAAGCACCCCCAUUGACUUGUUCAUGUGAUGAUAGGGUCGAUCUUCUUGACCUAAAGCCAACUUUGAUUCAGAGCUCUACCCCAGAGAUUGUGGUACCUAAGGAGAUCUGCAGCUUUUUCUUUCUUCAAAUGUGGGAGUUGGAGUUUCCAACAUGUGGAUUCAAGUGCCUGACACAUCCCACAGCUGCGCCUGCAUUGUAACAUGUCGACACCAGUACGUAGGCUCUACAAGCGAAUCCAUGUGCAAUCUAACAAAUCACUUCAGCUCAU